GGUCGUCGCGUCAGGGCUGUCCGGCGGCAGCCGCUGCGGAGGCUGAGGCGAUGGCAGCGGAACCCGAGCGAGCUUGAGGGCUCGGACCCAGCUCCCUCCCGCGCAAUUCCGGGCCAACGGGGGAACCGAGGCCCCGCUCCCUCCGCUCCUGCUCCCUCCGCGGCCGCUGCCUGGGUGCGGGCGGAGGCAGAGGCCCGGGCUGGCAGCCCCACUCGAGCCCCGGCUCGGCCCCGGACGGCCCGGCUGCUGUGUGGAGAGGAGGCCGAGUCGGUAGUGAAAAGAGAAUACUGAAGAAUAGGCUCUCAAGAUGAGUAAAAAACCCCCAAAUCGUCCUGGAAUCACUUUUGAGAUUGGUGCUCGUUUGGAGGCACUGGACUACUUACAAAAAUGGUAUCCAUCACGAAUUGAAAAAAUUGACUAUGAGGAGGGCAAGAUGUUAGUCCAUUUUGAGCGUUGGAGUCAUCGCUAUGAUGAAUGGAUUUACUGGGAUAGCAAUAGGUUGCGACCCCUUGAGAGACCUGCACUAAGAAAAGAAGGACUAAAAGAUGAGGAAGAUUUCUUUGAUUUUAAAGCUGGAGAAGAAGUCCUGGCUCGUUGGACAGACUGUCGCUAUUAUCCUGCCAAGAUUGAAGCAAUUAACAAAGAAGGAACAUUCACAGUGCAGUUUUAUGAUGGAGUAAUCCGUUGUUUAAAAAGAAUGCACAUUAAAGCCAUGCCUGAGGAUGCUAAGGGACAGGUGAAAUCCCAGCAUCCACUAAGCUGGUGUUGUCCUAUCGACCCAGCUGGAUCGUGUAACCAGUCUAUGGGAAGUGAGGAUUGGAUAGCUUUAGUAAAAGCAGCUGCUGCAGCCGCAGCCAAGAAUAAAACAGGGACUAAACCUCGAACCAGUGCUAACAGCAAUAAAGAUAAAGAGAAAGAUGAGAGAAAGUGGCUUAAAGUACCUUCAAAGAAGGAUGAAACUUCAACUUGCAUAGCCACACCUGAAGUUGAGAAGAAGGAAGAUCUGCCUACAUCUAGUGAAACAUUUGGACUUCAUGUAGAGAGCGUUCCAAAGAUGGUCUUUCCACAGCCAGAGAGUGUAUUAUCAAACAAGAGGAAAAAUAAUCAAGGCAACUCAUUUCAGGCAAAGAGAGCUCGACUUAACAAGAUUACUGGUUUGUUGGCAUCCAAAGCUGUUGGGGUGGAUGGUGCUGAAAAAAAAGAAGACUACAGUGAAACAGCUCCAAUGCUGGAGCAGGCGAUUUCACCUAAACCUCAAAGUCAGAAAAAAAAUGAAGCUGACAUUAGCAGUUCUGCCAACACUCAGAAACCUGCACUGUUAUCCUCAACUUUGUCUUCAGGGAAGGCUCGCAGCAAGAAAUGCAAACAUGAAUCUGGAGAUUCUUCUGGGUGUAUAAAAUCCCCUAAAUCACCACUUUCCCCAGAAUUAAUACAAGUCGAGGAUUUGCCGCUUGUAUCUCAGCUUUCUUCUUCAGUGAUAAAUAAAACUAGUCCUUCACAGCCUGUGAAUCCCCCUAGACCUUGCAAACAUAGUGAGCGGAGAAGAAGAUCUCAGCGCUUAGCCACCACACCCAUGCCUGAUGAUUCUGUAGAAAAGUUUUCUUCUCCCUCUCCAGCCACUGAUGGGAAAGUAUUCUCUAUCAGUUCUCAGAAUCAGCCAGAGUCUUCACUACCAGAGGUGCCUGAUGCUACACGUGUGCCACUUGAGAAGCUAGGACCAUGUCUCCCUCUUGAUUUAAGUUGUGGUUCAGAAGUUACAGCACCAGAUUCCUCUUUCCGUAAUGAAUGUUCCAGGGCAGAAAAGGAAGAUCCACAGAUGCUUGCAAAUCUUUCUUCCAAAGCAGUAACUGAUGGCAAAGGAGCUCCAGCAGCAGCAGGAAUAUCAAAACCAGAAAAAAAAGUGAAAUUGGAAGAAAAAAGCUCAACUGCAUUUGGAAAGAGGAAAGAAAAGGAUAAGGAAAGAAAAGAGAAGCGAGACAAAGAUCACUACAAACCAAAACAGAAAAAGAAGAAGAAAAAGAAAAAGAAAUCUAAGCAGCAUGACUAUUCAGACUAUGAAGACAGUUCCCUAGAAUUUUUGGAAAGGUGCUCUUCUCCACUAACUCGAUCUUCUGGGAGUUCUGUGGCUCCACGAAGCAUGUUUACGGAGAAAACUACAACUUAUCAGUACCCAAGGGCCAUUCUGUCCGUUGACCUUAGUGGUGAAAACUUAUCAGAUAUGGAGUUCCUAGAUGACUCUUCAACAGAGAGUUUGCUUCUGAGUGGGGAUGAGUACAAUCAGGAUUUUGAUUCAACCAAUUUUGAGGAAUCUCAGGAUGAAGAUGAUGCUCUUAAUGAAAUUGUACGAUGUAUUUGUGAAAUGGAUGAAGAGAAUGGCUUCAUGAUCCAGUGUGAAGAGUGUCUGUGCUGGCAGCACAGCGUGUGCAUGGGGCUGCUGGAGGAGAGCAUUCCGGAGCAGUAUAUCUGCUAUAUCUGCCGAGACCCUCCAGGUCAGAGGUGGAGUGCAAAAUACCGUUAUGAUAAGGACUGGUUGAAUAAUGGGAGAAUGUGCGGGUUAUCAUUUUUAAAAGAAAAUUACUCUCAUCUCAAUGCCAAAAAGAUAGUUUCCACACAUCAUCUGCUUGCUGAUGUGUAUGGUGUGACAGAAGUGCUGCACGGGUUACAGCUGAAGAUCGGAAUUCUAAAGAAUAAACAUCAUCCUGACCUUCACCUGUGGGCUUGUUCUGGGAAACGAAAGGACCAAGAUCAAAUAAUAGCUGGAGUGGAGAAAAAAAUCACAGUUCAAGACACAGCUAAUUUAGAAGAAAAGAAACAUGUACAAAACCAUAAAGAGCCACCUCGUUUUCCCUUGAGAAUGGAAGGAACUUACAUAACAAGCGAGCACAGCUAUCAAAAGCCACAAAGUUUUGGUCAGGACCACAAAUCUCUUGUAGAUCCUGGGAGCUCUGAUGACGAUGUUAGCAGUUUUGAAGAAGAGCAAGAAUUCUACCUGGGAGCUGCAAGACAUUCCCAGUAUUCAGCAAAAGAGCAUGGAAUGUCAGAAAAGAACCCAACUUUAGGAAAUAAGGCAUCUGUUUAUAAUGAUAAAAGAGGCACUGAAGACCCAGGAGACUCACAUCUUCAGUGGCAGCUCAAUCUCCUUACACACAUAGAAAAUGUGCAGAAUGAAGUCACCAGCAGGAUGGACCUCAUAGAAAAAGAAAUGGAUGUUCUGGAAAGCUGGCUUGAUUUUACCGGGGAGUUGGAGCCACCAGAUCCUCUCGCAAGACUGCCCCAACUUAAACGUCACAUAAAACAGCUCCUAAUCGACAUGGGCAAAGUACAGCAAAUAGCAGCUCUUUGCUCUGUAUGACAGUGGUGAACUUAGUGACAAGAGUAUGGCUCUCCAGUCCAAUCAUUUUUAUUAUUCACAUGAUUACUAAGUGUGUACUUUAAAAAUCUUAGUGAUGUUUGGUCAUUUACUGAUUUGUAAUGUCAAUAGGAAGGCACCUUGAAAGAAAAAGAGCAACUUUAUCAAGUGAAUAUUAAAAAUAUAAGCAAGCUGCAAAUGACAAUGUUUUGUAUGCCAAGGAUCAGCGAAAUAGAAUUAGAAUAUAAUCUAUACUAAGGGGAUCAAAUUGGCAGGAAUUUUGAAUAGCUGCUUAUAUGAAAUUGAAGAUACCUGUACAAAGAAAUAUGGUGCGUUUAUAUAGUUUUUAUAGAAAGAUCCAUAUUUAUAAACCAGCAUUUGGCCAAAAUUAAAAUUAAUGGAAAUUUAAAUUCUGGAGAGUUCUACAAGGUUGCUCUAAGAACUGCCUUCUCAGCAGUUGAAUCCAGCUGCACAGAAAUUUAGGUUAUUUAAACUUCCAUAGGAUCAUGAGUUGUUUCUUGGGUGAUGAAUGUAUUUAAUCAGUAAACUGACAGUUUAGAAGUCUCACUUUUGAGAAAAACAAUUGUGGAAUUCUUACUUCAUUAUGAAUGUAUUUAAAAAAACAAGCACCAAAUAAUUGGAAUUUACUGCAGGCACUAAGCUUAUUAAAAACAAACUAGCUUGCAGAAAGAUCCCAUGUGCCAAAUGUUGAUGCUGCUGCUGGACAGAGGAUUUAAAUAUUGUGGGCAUUGUCACACCCCGAGUCUUACAUAGUACCAUGAGUUCAUCCGAAGCCUUUUUGUCACAUAUAUCACAUAUAUAGUUAAAUGGCAGUGUUCAGGUUCAACAUAACUGUUUGAUCCUGGAUAUGCUUGGUGUUUGCCUUCAGAAAAAAAAUAUAAAUAACCUCAGCUGGGAUGAGGAGUGAAAAAUAUAUCAAAUAAUUUGUGGCUGUGGAUUUUUUUAACUGCUAGCUAGUAGUGGAAUACUGGAAAAGGUUCAUUUCAGAAGAUGAAUUUUAUUUUUGAAUAAUACACAUGCACUCAGACUUUUAGCUUUGAUCGCAAAUGAACAGAUUUUCUGAAACCAAAGGCAACUAAGUUGCUGUCUUAGCUCUUGCUGGAUUUUGAGCCUAGGUCCUACUGUCUGCCAGUCCUCACAUGAGUUGUGUGUGCCCCCAGUGCUACAUAAGCAGGUAUGCGUAAGUGUGUAUGCUUGUUUUAAACACUCAACAUGUACAUAACCAACACAUAUUUAUAUUACACAUAUCUAGUUUUAUUACUAUAGACUCUACAAAUUGGUGGUUAACAUGAAAUGUUGCCUUUUAACAGACUUUUUAAAAAUUAAAAAUGUAUGUACAGGUUUUGACAUUUUUGAGAUUGUUAAGAGGAGGCCAUUUGAUGACAUAUAACACUUGAAUAUUUUAUGCCUCAUUCUGUUUAUCAGUUCUAGCAAUCUGUAAAUGCAUUUCAGAACUGGUAGACAGAGAACUUGAAUUUAUCUUUGAUAAGAAUUCAUGCCACUGUACAUUCAGAUAUUAUUUAAAUUUGCAAACACACUGUUCUAUAUGUAAGGUACUGUAUGUAAAAUUUUAUUAAAACUAUUCCUCAUAUCCUAAAAUUUCAUCUUGCCUUUUUGCGGCCUUAUGUUUUAAUGUAAAGAUUAAAAGAAUGUGCAAAGAAGUCCAAUUUUAUUGCCUUUGAGAUUCUCCAACUUGACAAAUGUGCCAAAGAUAACCAUAAAUAUAAUCCUAUGUAUUUACUUGUGAUGCGUUAACUUUGUAAAAAAUUUAUUGGUGAAUGGAAAGCUUUAGCAGAGGUCAUAUUGUGGGUAGCUGCUUAAAUUUUCAUAUUAAAAUACAAAAAAUAGUGCCUAUAUUCCAUUGUGGAGUAAAUUUGCCAAUGUCUGCUUCAUGACUGAUAGUAUAAUCUUUCAUUUGUGUUGAAAAUAAUAUAUCUGGACAUUGAAUUUGUGUCUUCAUUUUUACAGAAAUGGAGCAGUAACAUCCCUCACCUGGGAAUAGUGGUGGUGCCUAGAUUCUUGUCAGGAAGUCAGAAGACCUUUGCAUCCCAUAGUACUCAUCUCCCUCAGUUCUGGUGAACAUGGUUAAAGUAAUGCGCAUUUGUUCUUGAUGCCAUCCUUAAUUCAAAAGUCUGAAAUCCUCCAAGGGCCAAAACUUUUGAGUGCUGAGAGGAUAAGACCUCAAGUACAGGUUCAUGGUCAAAAUACAGGUUCAUGAAGUUACCUCUACACAGCAUGGUCACAUUGUAUAUGAAUCAUGUAAAUUUACAUCUCAUACUUACGGUAUAUAAAGCAAAGAUUCUGACUCCCUCCUAAAAUUGUCAAAUCCCAAGUAUUUCUGGUCCCAAGUAUUUCCAAUAAAGGAUACUGAACUUGUGUUAAUUGACUUAGUUAGCAACCAAUAAAUGGGACAUCCCAUUGAUGAAUUGUUAAAAGUUUUGUUCUGCUCCUAUGUAUGAAUUGGAAAUACAGUUUAUAAGUUGAGAUCUUUAAAGUACCUACCGGUUUAUCUAUGUGUACAUAUCCAUUUAACAUAGCUCAUAUCAGUAACUAGAGCCUUUUAGCAACUGAAGGAAUGAAUAGGCUUUGAGAUUGAGGUAUUUUUUUGAGGAUUUUUUUUCUUUUUAAUUUAGAGGGUAUUUCUUUAAAAGAUGGAAUUUUAUUUGCUAUCCAUACAGAAUAGAAUUUGAGCCUAGAUGGGGAGGGAUCCCUCUCAGUAUAUCACUGAUAAAUACAAUUUGUACUUUCUCUGUUUGUGAUUCUACUGACUUAUACUAUGGGAGUAACAUACCUUGUUGUUAAAGGAAUUUAGGUAUUACAAUUUCAGGUAAAGCCUCUUUCCUAACAGAUACUCUUUCAAGUGUUCAAACUUCACAUGUUCAAAAUGAACCAUUGUUUCCCCUCCAGCAAACAGAAUCUCUGCCAGCGUCUCUUUGUUAUCAUCACGUCACCCUCCGAGCCCAGGCUUGAUGUGUGCAGUCAUUCCUCACAUCCAUUUCAUCACCAGCUGUGGUGCCUCCUCAAGUACUGAUUCUGGCUGCCUUACAACCCUUCUGGGAGCCACUGCUUUUCAUAACACAACUCCAUGGAAGUGUGAGGCAUUCCUGUUCAUCUCUGGUAUUCUGUGUCUUCACUAAGUCUACAUAAUUAUCACUGCCAGGACAGAAGAUUAGCACUUACUGAUUACCUGCUUUGUGCCUGCAGUAGCAAGAUAGGUGAAAAAGCCCAUUAUUUUUAUAAUGAGGAUGCUGAGAUUUAGAAAUACUUAGAAACACUGUGGAUGAGACUUAAGUGGCAGCAUCAGCAUUUGACAGCAUUUGAACCCUGUGCUUUUCAAAGUCAUGGUUUUUUCUAGCAUAUGUGCUUUAGCUAUUCCUAUCAUUUUAGUUUUCUGCAGUGGAAACUACUAAUUCCUAUUGCAAACCAUAUUUGGUCUGUAUAAUGUGGAUGUUAUGCAGCCUACUUAGCCAGCUCUCAAAUUCAUGUAAACAGAACCUCACAAACAAGAUACUCCCUUGUUUGUGUCUACAUAACCAGAAAAUCUGAUCUUCAAUUUCCUUUCCAAGAGAAGGAAUUUAUUCGGAAGGUUGCUUCUUAAUAGUGUCUUGGAUUGUACCAGGAUAUGGGGGAACUAUUAUCAAUGAAUAGUGAAUGAAUGAAUGAAUGAAUGAAUGAAUGAAUGUGUGUGUGUGUGUGUGUGUGUGUAAGUGUGUAGUAUAAUGGAGCAGGCAUGAGCUUUGCAAUCUGUCCUUGAAUUUUUAUUCUGGCAGUUUACUGGCACUGUUCUCCCUGAGCUUUUGUUUUUGUUUGUAAAAUGGGAAUAAUACUUUAGAAACUUGUUUUGAGAAAUAAAUAAAAUGCCUAGAAACUCUUAUUAAAUAAACUGGAAAUUCAAUGAA